AUGAGCGCGCUCGUGACGGUCGCCACGUGUAAUUUGAACCAAUGGGCGCUGGACUUUGACGGCAACCUCGCGCGCAUCCUCGAGUCCAUUUACGUGGCCAAGAAACGUGGUGCGCGCUAUCGCGUGGGUCCAGAGCUCGAGGUCUGUGGCUACGGCUGCGAGGACCAUUUCCUCGAACAGGACACGUUCUUCCACUGCUGGCAGUCGCUCGAGACGCUCUUGCGCUCGGACGCGACGAUUGACAUUCUAUGCGACAUUGGCAUGCCCGUUAUGCACAACGGCGUGCGCUACAACUGCCGCGUGUUUUGCCUCAACCAGCGCAUCGUCUUGAUUCGCCCCAAGCUCUUUCUGGCGGACGAUGGCAACUACAGGGAGACGCGGUGGUUCACGACGUGGAAAUCGAAUGCGGGAAAAGCCACGCCAGACGGACUGGAGAAAUUUGUGCUGCCUCUGAGCUUGCAGCAGUUCACGAAGGCCGUGCACGUACCUUUUGGACCUGGUGCCGUGUCGAUGCUCGAUACCUCGUGCGCGUCCGAGGCGUGCGAGGAGCUUUUUACGCCUGGUAGUCCGCACAUUAACCUCGGCUUAGCAGGUGUAGAGAUUAUUGGCAACGGCUCCGGCUCGCACCAUCAGCUGCGGAAGCUUCACCAGCGCAUGGAUCUGAUUCGAGGAGCUACGACCAAAAGCGGUGGCGUGUACCUCUACGCCAAUCAACAAGGUUGCGACGGUGGUCGUCUGUACUAUGACGGCUGUGCUGUCAUUGUCGUGAAUGGACACGUUGUAGCGCAGGGCUCUCAGUUCUCAGUGAAGGAUGUCGAAGUCGUGACGGCUACUGUGGAUCUAGACGAUGUGCGGUCGUACCGUGGCUCGGUCAGUAGUCGGAGCGAGCAAGCAAGCUCACUGGAAACGGUCAUCACCAAAGUUGACGUCGCUUUCCGCUUGUGUCACGAUGAGACGUCGUUUGUCAAGCCUAAUACUGCUAUUGAAGUACGUUACCACGUGCCAGAAGAGGAGAUUGCACUCGGACCAGCGUGCUGGAUGUGGGAUUAUUUGCGACGAAGUGGGGGGAGUGGAUUUUUCUUACCAUUAUCGGGUGGUGCGGACUCGUCAUCUGUGGCGUGCAUUGUUGGUGUGAUGUGCCAUCUCGUGGUUGAGGCCGCUAACAAUGGUGACGAACAGGUUUUACAGGACGUGCAGCGGAUUACGGGUACCUCGGACCAACCGUAUGAGCCUUUGACGCCUGCUGAGCUGGCAUCACACGUUCUGCACACUACGUAUAUGGGAACAAAAAACAGCUCGACCGCCACUAAGAAACGUGCUGCAACACUAGCGAAAGAAAUUGGGUGCUACCAUCUUGACAUGUGUAUGGACAUGAUGGUGGAUGCCGUGGUCAGGACCUUUUCGCUUUUGACAGGUAAGACCCCUCAGUACCUUUCUCAAGGAGGAACCAUGCAAGAGGAUCUUGCGCUGCAGAACAUCCAGGCGCGCCUUCGAAUGGUAAUGGCUUACCUUCUUGCUCAGCUUUUGCCGUGGGUGCGUUCCAAGACUGGCUUUCUGCUUGUGCUCAGUUCCGGUAACGUAGAUGAAGCGUUGCGUGGGUACAUGACCAAGUACGAUUGCAGCAGUGGUGAUUUAAAUCCGAUUGGCGCCGUGUCGAAAUGUGACUUGAAGAAACUGCUUCGCUGGGCUGCUGUCCGAUAUUACUAUCCCACUCUGCAGACUGUUGAAGAGGCGCCUCCGACUGCGGAACUGCGUCCUACCGACGAGAAUGCUGAAGAAGAUGCUGAUCAUUCUCAGCUCGAUGAGGAAGACAUGGGCAUGACUUAUGACGAGCUAGGAUUUUUUGGUCGACUGCGGAAGAUUGACCGCUGCGGUCCUUACUGGAUGUUUCGCAAGCUUACGCACGUGUGGAAUUUCUUGACGCCCACUGUUGUGGCAACGAAGGUGAAGCGAUUUUUCUUCUACUACUCAAUCAACCGCCACAAGAUGACUACACUGACUCCAUCCUAUCACGCUGAGAACUACUCGCCCGACGACAACCGUUUUGACCUGCGCCCGUUUCUAUACAACUCGCGUUGGACGCGCCAGUUUGAUUCCAUCGAUACGCUUGCCGCAGAGCUAGAGGAGAAGAGGAAGCUGUGA